AUGUGUCUGGUACCACUACGUACUUCCUUCUCUCUUCUCCCCUCAAAUGCAUGGACAUUACAUCGGCUAUCGGCCAAAACACCGGUCGAGUUGGUUGGAGCUAACGAUGAGGAUUGCAGUUGUGGCAGCAAUAUUCUGCUACACACUUGGACCCGUGCUUACGCUCUCUCACUGACAACCAAGUUGAAUCUUAGUGCUGUUGAUCUUGGAUAG